AUGUCGGAAUAUAUUACACCGCUGAACGUGUUUGCUGGCAUCGUCGUCGUCAUCGCCUCCAGUUUCAUCAUGCCUGAAUUUCGAGAAAUGGCCAAAGUUACCCUCUUUGGGUCGGGUAACAAAGGCGGUGCCACGUUCAGUCCCGAAAAAGAUAUUCCAUCGCUGGCAGGCAAGGUCGUACUCAUUACCGGAGCCGCGGGUGAUCUAGGCCGGCAAACGGCCAUCGAACUCGCAAAGUAUGGUCGACCUGCGCGCAUUUAUGUUGCAGACCUGCCACGUGAUGAAGCGCAGAAGAAAGCAGUCGUGGAUCGCAUCAGCCGGGAAGCCUACGAUGAUCAAGCGGGGGAAAACACGACCACGCCGAGUACCGAGAUGCGCUUCAUCGACUUGGAUCUGACGUCUUUCGACAGCGUCCGAGCGUGCGCUGCGGAAUUUGCGGCAAAGGAAGAGCGUCUGGAUAUCCUCGUUCUCAACGCAGGUAUCAUACGUGUCGCGAAGGGGACGACGAAGGAAGGAUAUGAGGUCCACUUCGGUCUCAACUAUCUAGGCCAUGCGCUGCUGGCGAAGUUGCUUGUCCCAAGCCUUGAGAACACUGCAAAGCAGGGUGCAGAACCGCGCGUGGUGGUCGUUUCGAGUGAGGGCCACGCCAUGGCGCCUAAGGGUGGGAUCCAAUUCGAUAAGCUGAAGAGCGAGUGCGCGUCCAUGGACUACUCGCAAAGGUACGGCCAGAGCAAAUUAGCCCUCAUUCACCUUGUGCGACAACUCGCAAAACAUCACCCUGAAUCCAAGGUUGCCGCGGUGCAUCCAGGAAGGAUUCUGACAGGCAUGGCGGAUGCACUGAAGAAAGAAAGCUUCCUCGUCAAAAUCACAGCGCCUAUCGCACCCUUCUUCUGUGUGCCGGUAUCUGUCGGCAUCAUCAACCACCUGUGGGCGGCUACUAGUCCAAAUGUAGUAAGUGGUACGUACUACGAGCCUGUAGGCGUACCUGGAAAGGAAUCUGCGUUGGCGAAGGAUGAAGCGCUCUCUGCAAAACUGUGGGAAUGGACUGAGGAGCAAUUCAGCGGUGUGAAGCCGUUGUAA